AGCUUUUGAACUGAUUCAGAAGAGCGAAGCUCAACACAGCUAUAUAACCAAGAAACUCCAAAGCUUUUGAACUGAUUCAGAAGAGCGAAGCUCAACACAGCUAUAUAACCAAGAAACUCCAAAGCUUUUGAACUGGUUCAGAUAUCUCAAAGAGAAUGGAAGCACAAGGGAGUAACAAAAAUGAGGAAAACAUCAUUGGACAUGAGAUUAAGACUCUCUCAUUCCAUCUUGGCGAAAUAAAGAUACUAAAAAAUUUUGCAGAGUCACUUCAGUCUCUUUACUACCAUAAGAAAUUGAACAGAUCAUUAACAGACAACAAAUCUAAUGAUGUUUUGGAGUAUGAAAAAAUACUAGAUGAGACAAGAAAUAAUGCCGUUAAAUAUGUAAAGUCACACUUACCGAAGGUGGAAAAUUUACUGACUUCUAUUCAGACUUUAUUUGAAUACUACAACAGCUUUUCUGACGAAGAGUGGCUUAAAGAUAUCAAUGAAGAUAUUAAAGAAAGCAAAAAGAUAGCAGAAGAAGUCCAAGAAAUACAUGAGUUGAUAAAACUGGAAGAGCGUCCUAACACGACAAAAGCUGUUGUUAAAAAACUGAAGAAGAAUGAGGAUUUGAAAACGCAAAUUAACAAGUGGGAAAAAAAUGCAAAAGUAGUUAUGACCAACGUCGUGCAACAUGUAGACCAUUCUUCUAAACCGAACGAAUGUUCAGAAUUUUUUUCUAAUCAUGAGGAAGAUAUACAGCAGAAACCUUCUGGAUCUGAAAAGAAGCAACAAAAAGAAAAUACAACUCAUUGUCAUAAAAAAGAAGAUGUACAGCUGGAAGUUUCUAGUAAAUCUGGAUUUAGGAAGAAACAAAACGAAAAUGCAACUCAUUUUUAUAAAGAAGGAGAUAUACAGCAGGAAGAUUCUCAUCAUUUUGAAUCUAAAGCAAAGGAGUACUUAGCAAAGGCAACAGCAUUUCAAAAAGAGAUAGAUUUGAGGCAGAAAAACGUUUCAGUCGUGAACACGAAGCUGAUCGAUUCACUGCAGCACUAUAUCAAUAGCGUUUGUGGAAUAACAGAAUUCAUUUUUUUCCUUGAGAAAGAUAUAAGCUGCUUGCUCGGAUCAAAAAAUGAUCUUGAAAAAUAUAGAAAACAUCAUUUUCAAGUAAUGAAAGAGAAAAGCAAAGAAAUCGUUCAUAAAAUUCAAGAGUUCUUUGGCUUUAUACCUGACAUUCGUAGCACCAUAAAAGCGGUUCCUAAUAACGCCAAUGAUAAAAAUUUUGUCGACGAAUGGUUGCAGAGUAAGCUGAAGGAAAUAGAAAAAGAAACGGGCGUGGAAAUGAGUUCGUCGACCACUUGAUUUCUUCAGCUUUUUCUACUUUUAAAAAGAAACCAGAUGUCCCUUCCCUUCAAUAAAGUGUAAACUUAGAUGGUUCUCAAACUAAAUCGAUUAGCUUUCACUAAAGAUUGCCAUGUUCAUAUAUGAAUUUUUGCAUGAAAACAUUAAUAGGACUAGUGGGUAAAACAUUAAUAGGACCAGUGGCGUAGCCAGCCCGCAAUUUUGGUCGUGCUAUGUAAAUUUCCGA